AUGCCAGCUGAGAAGAGCGGGCCCGUUAUAAACGGUAAACCAGAAGAUGGCAAAGACCCGGAAGGGUCCAGCUCAAGUAUAGAGAAGGGGCCGUACAAUGAGAGGGGCCAGUGGAACAACAAGAUCGAGUUUUUCCUGUCUGUGGCUGGAGAGAUCAUCGGGCUGGGCAACGUCUGGAGGUUUCCUUACCUCUGCUACAAGAAUGGAGGAGGUGCGUUCUUCGUCCCAUAUGUCAUCUUCUUUGUGUGCUGCGGUAUACCCGUGUUUUUCCUGGAAACUGCCAUGGGUCAGUUCACCACUGAGGGAGGCAUCACCUGCUGGAGGAAAAUCUGCCCGCUGUUUGAGGGUAUUGGCUAUGCAACGCAGGUGAUUCAAGCUUAUCUAAACGUGUACUAUGUAGUGAUCCUUGCCUGGGCCAUAUUCUACCUCUUCAACUGCUUCACCACCGAGCUGCCGUGGGCGUCCUGUGGUCACUACUGGAACACAGAGAACUGUGUCGACAGCUAUGGAGAAAAUGCCACCAACAUUACAAACCCCAACACAACCUUUCCAGUCAUUGAGUUCUGGGAGCGCAGAGUUCUGAAAAUAUCAGAUGGUAUUGAGCACAUGGGGGGAAUGCGCUGGGAGCUGGCCAUGUGUCUGGCCCUGGCCUGGUUCAUCUGCUACUUCUGCAUCUGGAAGGGACCCAAGUCAACUGGCAAGGUUGUGUAUGUGACAGCUACCUUUCCUUACGCCAUGCUGUUGGUCCUGCUGGUCAGAGGAGUGACGCUGCCAGGAGCGUGGACGGGGAUCAAGUUCUACCUCUACCCGGACAUGUCCCGUCUCUCUGACCCUCAGGUAUGGGUAGAUGCUGGAACCCAAAUCUUCUUCUCCUAUGCCAUCUGCUUGGGUUGUCUCACUGCUCUGGGAAGUUACAAUUCCUACAACAAUAACUGCUACAAGGACUGCCUCAUGCUGUGUUGUUUAAACAGCGGCACCAGUUUCGUAGCAGGUUUUGCUAUCUUCUCCGUGCUGGGCUUUAUGGCCUACGAACAAGGUGUUCCCAUCGAAGCUGUGGCAGAGUCUGGUCCUGGUCUUGCAUUCAUUGCAUACCCCAAGGCUGUUACUAUGAUGCCUCUGUCUCCGCUUUGGGCCAUCCUCUUCUUCCUGAUGCUCAUCUUCCUCGGUCUGGACAGUCAGUUCGUGUGUGUGGAGAGUUUAGUGACAGCUGUGGUGGACAUGUACCCAGAUACCUUCAGGAGAGGCUAUCGCAGAGAGUAUCUGAUCCUGGGCAUGUCUAUAGUCUCCUUCCUCGUAGGACUCAUCAUGUGUAUGGAGGGCGGAAUGUACGUCUUCCAGCUGUUUGACUCGUAUGCUGCCAGCGGGAUGUGUUUGCUGUUUGUGGCCAUAUUUGAGUCCAUAUGUAUCGGCUGGGUGUAUGGUAGUGACAGAUUCUACCUCAAUAUUGAGGACAUGAUUGGCUACAAACCCGUCUUCUUCAUCAAAUGGUGUUGGAUGAUCCUGACCCCAGGCAUCUGCGCUGGCAUUUUCCUGUUCUUCCUGAUUAAGUACAAACCGCUGAAGUACAACAACGUGUACACCUAUCCUGACUGGGGCUAUGGUAUCGGCUGGUUCAUGGCCAUGUCCUCGAUGGUCUGCAUCCCUCUGGGAAUGAUCUGGAAGAUCGCGACGACUCCUGGCACCUUUGCUGAGAGAAUAAAGAAGUUGACGACUCCCAGCCCCGACCUGAAGAUGAGAGGGAAGCUCAACGCCCUCAGCCCUUACGCUGCCAACGAUGCAAAACUCAAGGUUGAUGCGAAAGUAUCCACCAUCUCAGAGAAAGAGACGCAUUUCUAACCGACCGCAUGACCAACCGACCAAGCUGCCUGCCGUCUUCACAAUAAGACCAACACAUGGAAAGUACAGCAAACAACAACAAUAUCUACCGGUUCACAAAACAGGAAAUGUAACAAAUUAUUUGGAGUGUUAUUUUGUUUUGUAAAAAAAACAAAGGAAAAAAGGAAAGCUUACAUGAUUUGUAGUCUGUUUCUGUUUUGCACAAACUUUGUUAACACAUUUGUUUUUGUUGUUUCAGUUAACACUGUGUGACUCAAUCUGCAGUUUCUUUCUUUUCUAACCAUUAAUAUUUUAAAACCAGUCAAUACAGUUUGGGCCAACGUGCUGUGUUGUGAAAGACUUACACUGUACAUAUACUGGCAAGGUGCUGUGCCUCUCUAUUAGGUACGAGGUACCCACAUGUGAUUCUCCAGAUGUAGCAGCUUGGGGACCUUUCAGCAUAGUGUGUGUGUAUUAAGAGGAUACUGCACUUUAGGAGGACACGUACCCUGAAGACCCCUGACAGUCAUUUUGAGUUUUUAAUCUGUUUUUUAUCUGAACAGCCAUGACCCUGAACGUUGUUUAGGGCUUUAGUAAUUCUAAUUUACAUGCAUUCAAUACUGUUGCUAUGCAACAUAGCCACACAUUCUGCUUACUGGCUGUAAUUGAAUAAUAUUAUUAAGGUAUUGAUCAUCACAUUAGGAUGUAUUAUGUCCUUGAGGGCUUUGCUGAUUUCUAUGGCACCGCUCUUUAUGAAUAAACCUUUCUGCUCUGUAGGGUUUAUAUUGAAGGGCAAAUAACAAGUCAAACCUGUAAAACCAUUUGCAUUCUUCUUGUUUUGAGGUACAAAUCUUCUCAUGACUAGAAAUGGUGAGUGACUCGCGGGCUGAGUCUAAAAACACACCCUUCUCUCCUCUAGAUGCCCUCUUAUAAGUCAUUGGUAUCUGUCAUUUCACAGCAAUUACGCUGAGCCUAACACAGAGUGACAGACGCUCUUCCACCCCUGCAUUUUUAUUUCCUGUUCCGCCUGUAAAAGAGAAGAUGAACGCCCAUCAGAUGAGCAUUUCAAAACCCAUCUGUCUCCUUAUCUCCCCCUCUUUUUAUUCUUUCCCCUUCUCUGUUUUUUCCCUCUUCCUUCUUUCUCAUCUUCAUCCUCUGCUUGUCCGCCCAUUUCAAUGUUUUUCCGCUUCUGUCUUUCUCUUCUUUCGCGUCUCAGCAAAGACCCGGCCCUUGUAUGAAACUGUGAAGCUGCUGAAUGCUUUGUAUUUCUUCUUUGACUUCAGCGAUAGUCUUUCAAUUGAUUAGUCUCUUUGUGACCUUUUUUUAAACCCCACUGAAAAAAAUAGAUAUCUUUUAGUUUUGCUGUCAGAGCCACUGCGGGGGUGAACACACAGUCUGUUCCUGUCAUCCAUUUAAUUGUGGUAAGAGUCAAUGAGCUGGUCUCAUUGUUCAGAUCAAUCUCAGUCCAUUGCAGUCUCAUCCAAUGACUUGUCCUACCUGCCUCUCUUUGCUUUGUCUGAGUCUCUCACCUCCCCUUCUCUCUUCCCUGUGUCCUUUGUUUCCUGAUGAAAAUGCAAUCAGAAGAAAGCAUCUGAGGGGAUGAAACUCAAAUGUGUCUCUUUACACAUAGUUUUUCAGGAGGAGGCAAAGAAAGCAGGGAAAGAAAUAAGGCAUUGAUGAGCUGAGUAAGUGUGUGAUCGAGUGAGUAAAGAGAGAAUAGAGGAAGUGUUAGGAGACUGAAGCCCCUCCUGUCUAAGCUGUGACAUCCUCUUAAACAUGUGAUUGGUCCCGCUCGUUUGGUUGCAUUAUGACAUCUUCACCUCCUCACUGAUGUUUGUGCAAGUUACUAGUUGUGUGCUUUGGAUGUAUAGCCUGCUGUUUAACACUGAUCAUGUUGAUGCACAUUUGUACAUCUCAUUCUAAAAAUCUGUGGUCUAUUUCUUGACAUGAAUGAUGUUUUAAAAGAAUUGCUAUAUUAAAAAGAAUAUGAUCUUUGUUUUGACUUUUGAUAUGUCGCUCAAAUGAUCUUGUUAUAGAAUUAUAAUGAAAAGUGUUAUUGUUCUGAACUAUUCUACACACAUUUUGGUAUUCACAACAGGACAUGUGAACUGUCUGCUUACCUAUUUUUAAGAAUAAACAUACAGGAAAAGGGA